UGUACUUAAGUACAAAUUUCCAGUACUCUUUCCACCACUAGGGAUAAAAAAGGAGGAUGAAGAAACAAAGCUGUACGAAGAGACAGCAGAUGGGGUCGUCCUCCCAUUCUAAACCUAAGAAGAAGAAACAAGCCAAGAGACAAAACUGCCCCAAAUCAUCCGCAGGACAAAAAAACACUCAAAACAAAUCUCAACUUCCUGUUACAUGUGGCUGUAAAGAGGGUGUCCUGUAUUUGAAUAAAUAUUAUGAUAAGCAGAAGUGCAUUUUCAGUGAGGGCCAGUGGUUCAAGCCCACUGAGUUUGAGAGGUUUGGGCUGAAGGAGAGGCACAAAAAGUGGAAGACCAGCAUCCUUUGCAAAGGGAUUCCACUCCAGAAACUCAUAGAGGAUGGAUUUCUUUUAUAUACAUCCUUUAAAAAAAGCAGGGUUCAGGAUGCAAAGGGGAAAAAAAGCCAUGUGGGUUUGGAAAAACAGGAAUCACCCGAUAAGAUCGAAGACAAUCAAGACGAUGAUGAUGAUGAUGAUGCUGUUGACAUGAACAUGUUUAAAGGUCCAGUCCUACCUGUUACCUGUGGUUCUGAUUCUGGCAUUCUACACAAAUAUCGAUUUUCCAAAGGGUAUUGUGGGAGAUGCAUAAGAACAGAGAACCACUGGCUGACGCCUGAGGAUUUCAUCAAAUUGAGCAAACCAGAUGGAACAUGGAAGAAAGACAUUCUGUCCAAUGGGAUGCCUCUUGGGAAGCUUAUAACGAAAAGCAUUUUGCAACCACAUACAGCCAACUGUGACUGUGAGAUCUGCGAAGAACCGGAUCAGAACCAACAGAAUGAUGACGCGUGUUUCGUGUGUCCCUCUGAGGGAGCUCUCGUGUGUUGUGAUGAAUGUCCACGAGCUUUUCAUUCACACUGUCACCUACCAGCUGUACAUGAAGACUCACCUGGCCAGUGGAGCUGCACGUUUUGUGUGAUGAAGAAGAUGAAAAGUUCCAGUCAAAAGACCCAACAGGAUAUUUUGAGCAUUCCAGUCUCUCAGUACACACUGCACUGCCAGUACCUGCUGUUACACCUGCUACACGAGAGCAUGACCGACCCCUGUGCCAAAGUUCCAGGAUUCAGUGAGAACAUCUGUGGUCCCAUGAUGCUGGGCAGAGUGAAGCUGAACUUGGAGAAUAAUGAUUAUCGAACAGUGCAAGAGUUUGUCUCAGAUAUUGAAUAUGUUUUCCACCACUGCACCGCCAAAAGGGAUAAUGACUUCAGUAGAAUGACCUCUAGGCUGACGGAACUACUUGAAAUCAUUUUUAAGCUGCUGUAACAUCACGUCUUAACAAAGAUUUCCUUUGUUGGACCUGGUGGUAACAUUUGUGUGAAUUGUACAAUUAUAACAGAAAAAUAAAGAAAGCAUAUUUAGACUUUAUAAAA